AGCCCCCCAACAUGGCGGAGGAGUCGUCGUUGUCGUCGGUCCCGGCCCCCGACCCCCUCCGCCGGAUGAGCCCCGAGGUAUCCGCCUCCAACCCCUACAGCCGUCUGAUGGCUCUGAAACGAAUGGGAAUCGUGAAUGACUAUGAGAAAAUCCGCACCUUCGCCGUAGCCGUAGUAGGUGUUGGUGGAGUUGGUAGCGUGACUGCUGAAAUGCUGACAAGAUGUGGCAUUGGUAAGCUGCUACUGUUUGAUUAUGACAAGGUGGAACUCGCAAACAUGAACAGACUGUUCUUUCAGCCUCAUCAAGCAGGACUGAGUAAAGUUCACGCAGCCGAACAUACCUUGAGAAACAUUAACCCUGAUGUUCAGUUUGAAGUCCACAACUAUAAUAUCACCACAGUGGACAACUUUGAACAUUUCAUGGAUAGAAUAAGUAAAGGCGGAUUAGAAAGUGGAAAACCUGUUGAUUUGGUUCUGAGCUGUGUGGACAACUUUGAAGCUCGAAUGGCAAUCAAUACAGCCUGUAAUGAACUUGGACAAACCUGGAUGGAAUCUGGAGUUAGUGAAAAUGCAGUGUCAGGGCACAUUCAGCUCAUCAUACCCGGAGAAUCUGCUUGUUUUGCAUGUGCCCCUCCACUUGUAGUCGCCGCGAAUAUCGACGAAAAGACAUUGAAACGAGAAGGAGUUUGUGCAGCUAGUCUGCCGACCACCAUGGGAGUGGUCGCUGGGAUUCUUGUGCAGAACGUUUUGAAGUUUUUGCUAAACUUCGGAACAGUGAGUUUUUACCUUGGUUACAAUGCAAUGAAGGACUUCUUUCCCAGUAUGGCAAUGAAGCCGAACUCUCAAUGUGGUGACAAAAACUGUCGGAAAAAGCAGGAAGAGUACAAGAAAAAAGUAGCCGCGGAGCCCAAAGUGGCAGUUGUCGAACAAGAGGAGGAAGUAGUCCACGAAGACAACGACUGGGGUAUUGAGUUAGUAUCUGAAGUUUCAGAAGAAGAACUGAAAGCCACAUCAGGUCCAGUUCCCGACUUGCCUGAGGGAAUUACAGUAGCAUAUACAGUUCCAGAGAAGGAGGAAGUCACUCCCCCUGGGGAAACAGUGGAAGAGUCUGAGCAAAGUCUAGAUGAACUCAUGGCCAAGAUGAAGAACAUGUAGAAAGAUGUGUGAACUCUCCUUGGCCCCACCAAUGCCUCCACCUUAAAAAUAGCCAGAAGCAACUGUUCCAAAAAAAGGUCAACUUCUAAAUUUCUAGUACUAGAAUUUUGAAAUAGCCUCUGAUGUAUGGUUUAUGUUGGUUUUAUGUACUAAUCUCUUUAGUGUUUUUUUUAAACUUAGGAAAAUGAGCUGUUACAAAUGUGCUCUGAGAUCUUGUCAGUUUGUGCUGCAAUUGAGAGUGGUAACAGGGCUGAUUCCUGAAUUUUAUUUUCCAGUAGUUAAUUACUCUCCGUGGAGGUGAUAAGGUAUGGGUGCUUGUUUGGGCGAAGUUUGAUGCACAAAUCUUGCAAAUCAUGCAAAAGACCAAAACGUUAUUUUAGUUGGUAUAGCCGCUCUAUUUGUUCAUUUAGGGUCCAAGCUUUAGAUUUCUGGAAAGUUAAAGCCCAGUUUAUCUGUCGGGCAAAAUGUUUUAAUUUUAUAUUAAAAUUAAAUAUCUUAUUCUCUAAUUUAAAUCAUGUAAUUUUCAAUAGGGCCUUAAUGCUAAAAGCCAUCUACAUUUAAAAUGUCACUCAAGUGAAAAAACCUGAGGGGAAAAAUGAAGUUAUCCUUAAAAAUCUUAAUAAAGGGUGCUGACUUAAAGCCUGAAGAAAUGACUUAGAAGACAUUACGGUUUACCAUUUUAACAGCCCUACUGUAAUGAGGCUCAAACUACUGCAUUUGACUGCCUUAUAAACAUUACUGUGAAACCUGGGGGUCCAGCUUUGUUCUGCUACUGAUUGUGUUAGUCCAGAUAUGUCAUUCAUAUUGGUUCUCCAGUUUCUACAUUUCUAAAGCAGCCUUUCCCUGAUUCACGGGAAUAUGGGGAUAAUACUUUAAAAAACCUCCUUGGAAAUUGCCUUGUUGGUACAGUGUGGCUUUACUAGUUUAGCAGUCAGUGAGUUUAACUUACCCACCCAACUAUUUUGAACAGAGUUGAUUCAGCCUGUUUUACAUUGUUGAUGUUUGUAGUGUAAACCCAAGUCCUUCUCAUUUUGAGUCAAUCAUCUUUUUAAUGGAAAUGUCUUUAAACGGUUGAAGUUGGCAGACAGAAUUCAUUCAGCGUAAACUGACAGAGCAAUGGUUAUGGGUUAAGCUUAGGUUUAAGGCAAUGAGAUGGUAAGCCUUUAAUUACGAGAAACCAAUUUGCAUUCCUGAAUUCAUUUUCCCCAUAUGUCGCAGUUCCAGAUAGAAUUUCAGGAUUCAAGUUAUCAUUCCCUUUGGAAAUGACAGCUCCAUGUUGCUUUUACUGGAAGAUUUAAAGUGUUAACUAGUUAUGUCUAAUUUGAAUGAACGAUUAGAAAAUAAAUGCAUUUGACCCUCAA